UCUGAAUAGAAGUGGACCCUGGACGCCAUGUUUGUAGGAACUCAGACAGAGCUGGUAAAGGAGAGUGAGCACGUGACCUGUUCUGCGUCUCAUAGCAACUGAAGUCGCAAACUUAGCGUCGCUAUAGCAACGUGAGCUGCAGCCCCGUUAGUGUUUAGCAGUUUUGUGCGGACUUUUCUUAUCCCUUUAAAAUGGCUUUACCGAUGUUACCUGGAUAUUCGCUCAACAAAAAUCUGGGAAAAGAUAAGUUUCACAAGUCUCAGCAUUUCGAUUACUCCAAUGGCAUGCCAAUGAUGGUGGGAGCAGAGAAGCCUGGCAUUGGAGGAGAAUUGCUCUUGGGCCAAAGAGCACGGCCUAAAUACUCAGUGUUUCCCAAAGGAGAGGGCAGUGAGGCCCCCUCCUGGGUAGCAUUUGACAAACAGGUUCUUUGCUUCAAUGCGUAUUUCCAAGAAGCUGUUACUCAGAGCAGAGAGGAAACUUACAGGAUUCGAAAAUGUAAGAUUUAUUUCUACUUGGAAGAUGACACCAUACAAGUUGUGGAGCCAGAGCUCAAAAAUAGUGGCAUUCCACAAGGAACACUUAUCCGCCGCCAUCGCAUUCCUCUCCCAGCUCCUGAUGAUGACCAGUUUUAUAAUUUCCACCACUUUAAUAUCAACCAGGAGAUGGUUUUCUACUCCAGGACCUUUAUGAUAACAGACUGCGACCUUUACACACACAACUUCCUGAGGAAAAUGGGUGUGCGUCUCAAUGCCCCUGGUGCAACACCAACAGACCCCUAUACAAAACUCCGUCAAGAUCUGGAGGACAGCAUGAAGCCACUGCGGCCGUAUGAAAGGCAGGAUACCUUAAAGCAGUUCCUCGACCAUGACCGCAAUGUUCUGUGUUUUUAUUGCUACUGGGAUGAUACCCAGAGCAUGUUUGGAGACCUCAGAGAACUGAUCCUGCACUACUUCUUGGCAGAUGAUACCAUAGAAAUACUAGAAGUCCGAUAUGCAAACUCUGGCCGAGACACUGCUCCUAAUUUUUUACACAGGAGCAAGCUUCCAAAGCAUGCUCCUACUCCCAAACGGCUGCCUGGAGAAAUAACAGAUCGUACUGUCCUCAAUGUAUUUGGGCCAGUGGGACAUGGGGGUCGCUACAUUUUGGACAGCCUCAAAACUGGUGCUGUACAUGAGGAGUUCUACAAAGAUUGUGACCUGACCAUAGGAGGGGUCAUUAACGUCUGGGGCCGGAGAGUGAUGAUUUGUGACUGCGACAAUUUCACCAAAGAGUACUAUCGUUCCAAAUAUGGCAUUGAGGACUUCACUCCUGUUGAGUAUAAAGCCCCACCACCAGCUAAAGCAGCUGUCCAGAUCCCUCCUUACACUGGCUUUGGAUCGGAGGAGGACUCCCUUCGCUCCUGCCAGGGGCUGCUGCCCAAACCCCCUCAGAAAGACUUCAGGAAGCUAAUGGAAAAAGACAGGCAGGGUCUGGUGAGCCACGUACUGAGAUUUGUGGGCAAGAUGCUGACAGACAACCCUAAUGACAAGGACCGCACAUUCAUCAUCUCCUUCUACCUCAGUGAUGACACUAUAGCAGUGUUUGAAACCACCCAGAGGAACUCAGGAGUUAUUGGAGGUAAAUUCCUGGAGAGAAGCCGUGUGAAGAAACCAGGACAGGAGCUUUUUAAGAGUGAGAUGUCUGAGUACUACAAAGCUCAGGACUUGUAUGUGGGAGCCAGAAUCAGUAUAAACAACCAGCCUUUCCAGUUAGUGGAUGCUGAUGAGUAUGCUUUCAACUAUAUGGAACAGCAUGCAGAAGAGUUCCCCAGGGCCAACAUUGGCACCAUUUUGAGCAAGUUAAAGUCCAUUCCUGAAGAGAAGCAAAAGGAAAUCAAACAGUUCCUUGCAUUAAGUGACCCAGGCAACACUGGCUUCAUCCCUUAUGAGUCUUUCAGGUCUCUGUUGGCAGAUAUGCACGGUCAGCUGUCGGAGCAUGAGAUCAUGAUGUUAGGCUGUACCUACUCGGUGAGAGAGCAGCCUGAGCUGGACGUGGGCCUCAUGCUGGCCAUCGCUCAGGAUCACCUGAGGAAGAAACAGUUUGAGAGUUUCUCAGACAUGCUGAGAGCUUUCUCACACGAGGACAGAGACAGGAGUGGGCAUCUUUCCACCAAAGAGGCUAGGAUCAUCUGCAAAUCCUUCCGCUUGCCACUGGAGAAUGACCUUUUGACAGCCCUUCUGAAAAAAUUUGAGAAUGAGUCUGGGAAGAUGGACUAUCACGCUUUCCUGUCAGGGAUCAACUGGAGAGAGAAUGCCUCCAUACCACUUCCACCAGAUGCUGCCAUGAAACCAUUUUCUCUUACGCUGCCUAAGCCUACACUAGAAGGCCACACACUAGUGGAAUACUCAGCCUUUAUCAAGGAGAUUUCCGGAUAUGCAGAAGAGGAGUGACGUCAUCUUCGGCAUCUUCAUGUCAUUGCUGCCGUACAUUAUUAAAUGGAAACUUACCCAGUGCUUUUUAAUAAACUUCAUUUCAUUUAACUGCCAUUCUCUAUGGUGGUCAGGCUUACCUUGCCAUUUCUGCAAUCUGCAAUGUCUUCUUAGCGUUAGUGAAUCUUAGAUUAAGGGUUUUACUGCUGAUGCUUUAUCCGUUAUCUUUCUUUUUAUCUGUUAUUAGACUCAUGUACCACAUGUGACCAAUAAUGACCAAUUAAAAAGUGUAUCAAUGAAAAAAUAAGAGAUGUUAAGUCAACACUAGCCUCUGUACAUUUACACUAUUUACAUUUGUCCUGCUAU